UGAUUUUUAGCCAAUCCAGCCCGAGUUGCGCCGAACGCGGCCACUUGGAAUCGAACGGGCCGAUGGACGCCGACUUGCGCCAGAAGUUUGAGUUCCUCUGCCAGAUCAAUGAGCUCGAGGCCGCCAUGGCGCUCCUCCAUACGCUCAAUGCCCUUGGCAUCGAGCUCCAGCCCACCGACCGCGAGCACCUUCGGUUCGUCUUCGCCGUGCUCCGCGACAAGGUCCGCAAGAUCUCGGACCGCAUCGACGAUCUACAGAGCCAGUAUGACGAGACGCUCGAGAUGUACGACCGCGUGAUGGAGGAUGUUACGCCCUUUGGCUCGCUCAAGCACGAGCACCGCCUUCACAUUACGAUCCAGUACAUCGUCGCGCCCAUGCACUGGCAUCUCGCGGCCGAGUCGACGGACCGCUUUGUCAUGCCCCUUGACUACCGAACGCUCCUCGCGCCUUACAUGGAGCCCACAGUGACGGACUCUGUGCGCCAGCACGCGACCUGCUUUCGCAAGGCGGUGGGGCGUGCCCAGAAGGAGACAGGGCAGGCGCUCCUCGAGCUCAAAGACCUCUGCAACGAUUACCCGGUCCUGGCGUUUCAGCGCAAUACGAUCCGGUUUUUGAAUCGCUGCGAGGACCACUUGCUCGGCGGCGACGCGAUCGACGAUUUGCUCAACGACACCAAUGGCCGCACAUGCUUGGCACCUGUCGAGCUCUUUAUGACGCCCGAGACGCGCUCCUCCAACAACUGGAUGGCGCUUGACGAGAGCAUGGUCAACCUUCCCGGCGCGACGCUCUACGACGUCCCUGCGUCCGUGGUUGUGGCACCGCCCGUCAAGCCAGAGCCCGUGGAUAUCUAGUGCUCGAGAAUACAAACAUGCUUGCCUCCUCUCGCACCUGCACGCUGGCUAUUUGGACAGCAUCCCAUGAUGGUCUUCGCCUUGGGCGCCGUAAUACUGUAUGUGGCAAAUUCGUAGUUGAG